AAGCUCCGCCCCCGUUGCCCGUAGCGGCUGUUUGUUGACUUCCGGGAGCGCGGUUGUAGUUGAUCCCCGGAGUUUCGCCAUGCGGAACUGGGGGGCUUUCGCGGCCCGCGUCGGUGCGGAGUAGCUGCCUUAGCCCCGACCAAACCGUCCUCUACAACCUCCUGGCCCAGGCGCAGGCUGCCCGUACCGCCUGUGGCAUGAGGGAGCCGGAAGAGCUGAUGCCCGAUUCGGGUGCUGUGUUUACAUUUGGGAAAAGUAAAUUUGCUGAAGAUAAUCCCGGUAAAUUCUGGUUUAAAAAUGAUGUCCCUGUACAUCUUUCAUGUGGAGAUGAACAUUCUGCUGUUGUUACCGGAAAUAAUAAACUUUACAUGUUUGGCAGUAACAACUGGGGUCAGUUAGGAUUAGGAUCAAAGUCAGCCGUCAGCAAGCCAACAUGUGUCAAAGCUCUAAAACCUGAAAAAGUGAAAUUAGCUGCCUGUGGAAGGAACCACACCCUGGUGUCAACAGAAGGAGGCAAUGUAUAUGCAACUGGUGGAAAUAAUGAAGGACAGCUGGGGCUUGGUGACACUGAAGAAAGAAACACUUUUCAUGUAAUUAGCUUUUUUACAUCCGAGCAUAAGAUUAAACAGCUGUCUGCUGGAUCUAAUACGUCAGCUGCCCUAACUGAGGAUGGAAGACUUUUUAUGUGGGGUGACAAUUCCGAAGGACAAAUUGGUUUAAAAAAUGUAACUAAUGUCUGUGUCCCUCAGCAAGUGACCAUUGGGAAACCUGUCUCCUGGAUCUCUUGUGGAUAUUACCAUUCAGCUUUUGUAACAACAGAUGGUGAGCUAUAUGUGUUUGGAGAACCUGAGAAUGGGAAGUUAGGUCUUCCCAAUCAGCUCCUGGGCAAUCACAGAACACCCCAGCUGGUGUCUGAAAUUCCCGAGAAGGUGAUCCAAGUAGCUUGUGGCGGAGAGCAUACUGUGGUUCUCACGGAGAAUGCUGUGUAUACCUUUGGGCUGGGACAAUUUGGUCAGCUGGGUCUUGGCACUUUUCUUUUUGAAACUUCAGAUCCGAAAGUCAUUGAGAAUAUUAGGGAUCAAACAAUAAGUUAUAUUUCUUGUGGAGAAAGUCACACAGCUUUGAUAACAGAUAUCGGCCUUAUGUAUACUUUUGGAGAUGGUCGCCACGGAAAAUUAGGACUUGGACUGGAGAAUUUUACCAAUCACUUCAUUCCUACUUUGUGCUCUAAUUUUUCGAGGUUUAUAGUUAAAUUGGUUGCUUGUGGUGGAUGUCACAUGGUAGUUUUUGCUGCUCCUCGUCGUGGUGUGGCAAAAGAAAUUGAAUUCGAUGAAAUAAAUACUUGCUUAUCUGUGGCGACUUUUCUGCCGUAUAGCAGUUUAACCUCAGGAAAUGUACUGCAGAGAACUCUAUCAGCACGUAUGCGGCGAAGAGAGAGGGAGAGUUCUCCAGAUUGUUUUUCAAUGAAGAGAACACUACCUCUAAUAGAAGGGACUCUUGGCCUUUCUGCUUGUUUUCCCCCGAAUUCAGUCUUUCCACGAUGUUCUGAGAGUAACCUCCAAGAGAGUGUCUUAUCUGAACAGGACCUCAUGCAGCCAGAGGAACCAGAUUAUUUGCUAGAUGAAAUGACCAAAGAAGCAGAGAUAGAUAAUUCUUCAACCGUAGAAAGCCUUGGAGAAACUACUGAUAUCUUAAACAUGACACACAUCAUGAGCCUGAAUUCCAAUGAAAAGUCAUUAAAAUUAUCACCAGUUCAGAAACAAAAGAAACAACAAACAAUUGGGGAACUGACGCAGGAUACAGCUCUUACUGAAAACGAUGAUAGUGAUGAAUAUGAAGAAAUGUCAGAAAUGAAAGAAGGGAAAGCAUGUAAACAACAUGUGUCACAAGGGAUUUUCAUGACGCAGCCAGCUACGACUAUCGAAGCAUUUUCAGAUGAGGAAGUAGGUAAUGACUCAGGCCAGGUGGGACCUCAGGCUGACACUGAUGGAGAGGGUUUACAAAAAGAGGUAUUUAGACAUGAAAAUAAUAAUGGUGUUGAUCAACUUGAUGCUAAGGAAAUAGAAAAGGAAAGUGAUGGAGGACACAGUCAGAAGGAAUCAGAAGCAGAAGAAAUAGACAGUGAGAAGGAAACUAAACUGGCAGAAAUAGCAGGUAUGAAGGAUUUAAGAAAAAGGGAAAAGAGUACAAAAAAUAUGAGUCCUUUCUUUGGCAACUUACCAGAUAGAGGUAUGAAUACUGAGAGUGAAGAAAAUAAAGAUUUUGUUAAGAAAAGGGAAAGUUGCAAGCAAGAUGUGGUCUUUGACAGUGAAAGAGAAUCAGUAGAAAAGCCAGACAGCUACAUGGAAGGUGCAAGUGAGAGUCAGCAGGGUAUAGCUGAUGGAAUCCAGCAGCCUGAGGCAAUAGAAUUUAGUAGUGGAGAGAAAGAGGAUGAUGAAGUGGAAACUGACCAAAACAUAUGGUACGGCAGGAAAUUGAUUGAACAAGGAAAUGAAAAAGAGACUAAACCCAUAAUAUCCAAAUCCAUGGCAAAGUAUGAUUUUAAAUGUGAUCCCUUGUCAGAGAUCCCACAGGAGAAGGAAGGAGCAGAGGAUUCAGAAGGAAAUGGAAUAGAGGAGCAAGAGGUAGAAGCAAAUGAGGAAAAUGUGAAGGUGCAUGGAGGAAGAAAGGAGGAAACAGAGAUCCUAUCAGAUGACCUUACAGACAAAGCAGAGGUGAGUGAAGGCAAGGCAAAGUCAGUGGGAGAAGCAGAGGAUGGGCCUGAAGGUAGAGGGGAUGGAACCUGUGAGGAGGGUAGUUCAGGAGCAGAACACUGGCAAGGUGAGGAGAGGGAGGAGAAGGGGGAGAAAGACAAGGGUAGAGGAGAAAUGGAGAGGCCAGGAGAGGGAGAGAAGGAAGAAUGGGAGAAGAGGGAUGGGGAAGAGCAGGAGCAAAAGGAGAGGGAGCAAGGCCAUCAGAAGGAAAGAAACCAAGAGAUGGAGGAGGGAGAAGGGGAGGAGGGAGGGGAGGAGGAGCAUGGAGAAGAAGAAGAGGAGGGAGACAGAGAAGAAGAAGAAGAGAAAGAGGAGGAGAAGGAGGGAGAAGGGAAAGAGGAAGGAGAAGAGGAAGAAGUGGAGGGAGAACGUGAAAAGGAGGAAGGAGAGAGGGAAAAGGAGGAAAGAGCGGGGAAGGAGGAGAAAGGAGAGGAGGCAGGAGACCAAGGAGACGGGGAAGAGGAGGAAACAGAGGGGGAAGGGGAGGAAAAAGAGGAGGGAGGGAAAGUAGAGGAGGGGAAAGGAGAGGGGGAAGAGGAAGAGGAGGAAGGGGAGGGGGAAGAGGAGGAAGGGGAGGGGGAAGAGGAAAAAGAAGGGGAGGGGGAAGAGGAGGAAGGAGAAGGGAAAGGGGAGGAGGAAGGGGAGGAAGGAGAAGGGGAGGGGGAAGAGGAGGAAGUAGAAGGGGAGGGAGAAGAGGAGGAAGGAGAAGGGGAGGGAGAAGAGGAGGAAGGAGAAGGGGAAGGGGAGGAGGAAGGAGAAGAAGGAGAAGGGGAAGAGGAAGAGGAGGAAGGAGAAGGUGAAGGGGAGGAAGAAGGGGAGGAUGGAGGAGGGGAGGGGGAAGAGGAGGAAGGAGAAGGGGAGGGGGAAGAGGAGGAAGGAGAAGGGAAAGGGGAAGAGGAGGGAGAAGAGGAGGAAGGAGAAGGGGAGGAGGAAGAGGAGGAAGGAGAAGAGGGGGAAGAGGAGGAAGGAGAAGAGGGGGAAGAGGAGGAAGGAGAGGGGGAAGAGGAGGAAGGGGAAGAAGAAGGGGAGGAAGAAGGAGAGGGAGAGGAAGAAAGGGAGGGAGAAGGGGAGGAAGAAGAGGAAGAAGGGGAGGUGGAAGGGGAGGAGGAAGGGGAGGUGGAAGGGGAGGAAGGAGAGGGGGAAGGAGAGGAAGAGGAAGGAGAGGAGGAAGGAGAAGAAAGGGAAAAGGAGGGGGAAGGAGAAGAAAACAGGAGGAACAGAGAAGAGGAGGAGGAAGAAGAGGGGAAGUACCAGGAGACAGGCGAAGAAGAGAAUGAAAGGCAGGAAAGGCAGGAUGGAGAAGAGUACAAAAAAGUGAGCAAAAUAAAAGGAUCUGUGAAAUAUGGCAAACGUAAAACCUAUCAAAAAAAGUCAAUUACUAACACACAGGGAAAUAGGAAAGAGCAGAGGUCCAAAAUGCCAGUACAGGCGAAACAACUUUUAGAAAACGGGCCACCAGGUUCCAAAAAGUUCUGGAAUAAUGUAUUACCACAUUAUUUGGAAUUGAAGUAACAAACCUUAAAUGUGACCUGAUUAUGGCCAGUCAGACAAUUUAAAUGCCUUGCAUAUAACAGGCACUCAUUACGUGUUACUAAAUUGAUUUUAUGUCAAUUAUUUUAUGUGUAGUAAAAAAAAAAGCAACUGAUGGAGCUGUGUUAAGGAGCCAAAGACAACAAGAGGCACUGGUAAAUUUUGGCCUCUCUCAAACUAAAAUUUUCGUGUAUUUCCCCCCCAAAUUAUAAAACCAUAACUAGAAAAUAUUAAAAGGUCAUAUCAGAUUAUUAACAUUAUAUAUUCAUUAAAGGCAGCUUUAGGAAAUAGGAAUAUACUACAAGAGUGUUUUGUUUGUGUAUACAAAUCAUUCCAUUUUUAAAUGGCACAGAUGCUUAAGGGCUAUAAAAACUUCUAAUUUCUUAUAAAUAUGUUAGCACUUUUUUUAAGUUAGUGAUUACAGUUUACCUACUGUAUAGAAUAAUUUUCUAAUAAUGGGUGGUAUUCUAAAACUCAACUGAGGCAUUCACAUUUUAAAGAAAGUAUUGUCUUUUACCUUUUAUGUGUUCUUUUUGCAAAAAUCUACAAAGUGACAGCUGUGUUCAGAGCUUAGAUCCCGAAAACGUGAUCUCUUUUAGUUACUAUCUGGGCAGAUAGUAGUAUAUCUAAUGAAAUGGUGAUUAAUUUAAAUGUAUAAUCUGGAAAUAUGUAAAACUUGAAGUAUUUUUUGUCCAGGCAAAGCUACUCGUUGGGCCUCAGUUUCUUCAUCUCUAAAAUGGAGUGGAUGAGAUGAUGUGAUAACUGCAGUCCCUUCUAACUCUUAAAUUCUUGUCAUUCUCACAGAUUCACUCUAUCAUUAUUGUUAUUCGUGUAAGAAACAUUUUAGGGAGAAAAAUUACACUUUAAAAUUAAUUUAGUUUUCUAUACAGUUGUUUUCUUUACUCUUGAAAAGUUAUGACAGCUUUAACGUCUCUUGUCUUCUGUAAUUUUUUAUUUCUAAACUCCUAUCAUUUCCAAGCUUUAACUGUACUUUAUCAGAGCCUUCAUUUCCGGUAUGUGUUAUAUGCCCUCAAUGUAUUCAUUGACUGUUCUGUAAUUUCAGUUUGUCUGUUGCUUGUCAGAAUGUUUCAAGUAAAAUAAAAAAUUAAAUGUA